AUGCUUCGCAAACUCAACCGUGCACAGCGUGAAAAGCUCGAUAACAUGCUCGAGCGCGAGAUGGCUUGCUUGUUAGAUGCAGGCAUGUCAUGGGCCGAGGCCUACGCCUGGGCUACCGAGGCAGUGUAUGAGGCUACAGGCUGUCGUCCAAAGGUCGCUGUCCAUCGAACACGGCGCGAUGCUGCAUGCCGCGAGCAUACAUAUGUUUGGAGAUAUAAUCAGCGAGGUACAGAAGCCAAGCGUCGAUAUCAUCGCACCACACAGUCUGGGACUGGAGCAGAGUUUGAUCAUAUGUUCCAGAAUGGUGCAGACUAUUCUGAUCUAGAGACAACUGGUAGAAUCCUCGAUGUUGACGAGUUUAUGUGGCGAGCAAACAUCAUGACAAACUUACUCCAGAAGGGCAUAAAUGAAGAUUAUGCUCGUCAACAGGGCGAACGAGUCACGAUUCGAGAGCUGGGAAAGCGCAAUGACGCUGGUUUGGAUGGUGUUUAUAAUGCUCGGUUUGCCCCUAGAGUGUACCGUGGUCAACGUGCACGCAAAGCAACGGAUGACCGUGCUCGUUCAGACUCUCCGCAUCGCCCUCAUGCUAGCAUGUCCAGUCGAGAAUGCCCGCAGUACAGCGACUACUUUACCCACGAACCUGGGGAUGACUUGCGUGCCCGCCACGAGACUCCUCGACAGUCAUCCCGAAGCAGCUAUAGGGGUUACCGCACGGAAGAGCGCCGUCCAGGCGGAAUCUCUUCUAGCAACUUCGAUGGCUGCAACGACCGCUCAGGCUGGUACGGUUAUUCUGGAAACCGCACACCGCCCUUGGAAGCUUCUGGCGUGAAGCCUGCCGAGGAUCUGUACGUACUCCUGGGAGUGCAGCGAUCAGCAGGGCUUGAGGAUAUUAAGCAAGCACAUCGUAGGUUGUGUAUGAAGCACCACCCCGACCGCGUAAAAGGCGAUUCUAUAGCGAAGCAGGCGGCAACAGAGAAAAUGGCACAGAUCAAUCAGGCAUGUGAUGUGUUGAAGGACAAAGAGAUGCAGGCGUUCUAUGAUCGCACAGGGAUGAUUGGCGGCCUAUCUGGUUCGCUGGAUGCUUAG